AUGAGCUUGCACGCCUUACGCACAAUCACCUCACCAGCGAUCCGGACAAAACGAAAACUGGCCCGCCGUCGCACGAAGUUGCAACCAUUCCAUCACGAGCCAUUGACGGACCCAGCAAGGCAAAUCAGAUUGUUCCGCAUCUUGCCUGAGAGUACGGAUACUCAACUUAAGCUGCAAUUGGAAACACAUGACCUUGAUGCGGACCUCGCGAAAACCGGCAUUCCCAAUGUCGCACCUCCCUUCGUCGCCGUAUCGUACAUGUGGGGUAUCAAGACUAGAGUACAAAGCAUCACAGUCAACGGCAAGUCGCUGGAUGUCACAGCCAAUUGCCGUUAUGCGCUCUGGCAAGCCUUCCGGUGUCCGCUCGUACCGCUGGAUGGCCAUAUAUGGGUCGACAGCAUCUGCAUAAAUCAAGGCGACCUGCGAGAAAAGUCCGAACAGGUGAAGAUUAUGGGGUCCAUUUAUCGCAAAGCAACGAAUGUUCUCGCU